UUGAAAAAUAGUCGAUACAUGCAUGCAUCAGCAUAUAUAUGCCCUUUGAUCAAAUGGCAAUUAUGUGACUUUGUGUAUCAGAACUACCUAUUAAACAUUUCCACAUAGGGCAAUCUUAGAGCAUGUGUGGGAAAGAUGGCCAGAUGAUCAAUAGUGUCGAACUGUUUUGCACAUCCCAAUGAUGAAUGGUGCUGAGAUAUGCUAGCAGUGCAUUGGAAUUGACAUCUCUUGCAUUAUCUAGUACUACUGAACUUAGUUUGUGUUAGAAAUCCAAUCAUAAAGCAAAGUUUUCUUUGCAUUAAGGAGAAUCAAACCAGGAAACCUAUCUUAUAAAUUUUUCUUCUUUACCCUAUUCUUUCAAAGUUGUUUCCUUCCCUCAUAGGAAGCAUGGCCUAGAGGACUCAUCACUUUUUGUUCUUUUUUAUUGCAUCAUUGAUUUUUUUUUUACACCCUAUAAAUGUAUACUACUUUAGAACAAAUUCACAAUCCAUCAUAUAGUUGGAUUUUUCUACUUCAGGUCUGGUUCAAUUCAGCCCAUCUAGUUUGAAUUAUUUUUGACCUAUUAGAUCUUGCACACUGGUGAGUUAAAAUAGUUGAUGAUUCAAGUAAUCAGUGAAAUUUUGAUAAGUUAAACUUGCUUUCCUUUAUUUGACAUCAAGCAAUUUCUAAUAUGUCCAAAAUUAUCUGUCCUGAAGAUUUAGCUAACGGAGAAUCAAGAAGGCAGGUGUUUUAACCUCUUUGCAUUCAACUCUACUAAUUUUAUGAGCACUCAUCUUGAUUCGAUACCCUAGGAUGAAUUUCAAGUUCUGCCAUGAUCCUAAAACACCCAGGAUUCCAACUUUUGGGUCUGAAAAUCUCUGAUUGACUAGUAUCAUCAAUAUAAUUGCUUAAAUUUUGGUCAUCCAUAAUCAUAUUGCUGAGUAAUAGCAAGGUUAUGUUUGACACAACUAUCAUCACUGACUGUGACCUGCUUUGUUUGGUGUUUUGGGGAUCUGGUUAGUUGUUUCUAUGAGAUGGUGUUGUUGCUAAUGCAGGAUAAUGAUGUUGAGAUGAAGGAUGCUAUUGUGGUUAGUGCUGAAAAACAAACUGCUACGAAGUCUGAAAAGAAAAUGAAUCAAGCUCCUGGAUCUCGAACACUAUUUAUUGGAAACUUGUCCUGUGAUGUUGGACAGGAUGAUGUAGCUGAAUUCUUCAAGGCUGUAGGGGAAGUUGAUGUUCGUUUGGCUACAGCAGAAGAUGGAACCUUCAAGGGAUUUGGCCAUGUUGAAUUUGCUACUGAGGAAAAUGCUAAGCAGGCACUCGAAUUGAAUGGCAAUGAAUUAUUUGGUCGUGGUGUUAGACUUGAUGUGACCCGUGAAAGAGGUUCCUAUACCCCUCAGAGUGGUAAGGAUAACUACCAAAAGGGCAGCAAAGGUCAAAGUCAAACCAUAUUUGUGAAAGGCUUCGAUAGGUCACUUGAAGAGGAUCAGAUCAGGAGCUCUCUUGAGGAGCAUUUUGGCUCAUGCAGAGGGAUCACUCGAAUCUCCAUUCCCAGGAUUAUGAAACUGGAGCUCCCGAAGGGUCUGCUCCUUUUAAUCUGUUGUGAGAAACAAGGGCAGAUAAGUCUUUUUAUCUUUUAUAAAUAAGUUGAUGUUUAGGGUUGUGUGGUUAUAUAAACGAUGUAUUUCUCCUGAAAUAUGAAUGAUUUAAAAUCUCUUUAUUACAACAUGGUAUCAGAGCAAAGUUCUUGAUCCGUAACCCUAGCCGCCGGCGCCGGCGCAUCUUCUUCCUCUCUGCCCUAGCGCCGACCAAGCUUUCCUCCUCCCUUCUUCAUCGCUGCCUACUGGCCGCGCGUUUGGCCUCUGGUUUCCUGCUGCCGACCACAAAAGGCGCCUCUUGCUUCGCCGAUCGCCUGCCGGUGGAACUGGAGAAGGCGAGAAGGGGAACGACUCUCUCUGCUCGCGCACGAAGGGGAACGACACUCUCUCUGCUCGCACACGCGGACGCCCUCUCUUCUCGCGCACGCUCUCGCUUCUCGCGCACGCUCUCGCUUCUCGCGCACGCUCUCUCUGCUCGCGCACGCCCUCUCUGCUCGCGCACGCCGCGGACGCCGUCUCUGCUCGCGCACGCCGCAGACGCCUCCCGUCCACCCAACGCCGCGGACGCCGUCUCUGCUCGUGCACGCCGCAGACGCCUCCCGUCCACCCAACGCCACGGAUGCUGCCACCGGCCAGAGCCACCAGCAGUAGCCUCCAGCAGUGUCGGACAGAAAGCACAAGAAGCUGCCUCCUGUUCUAGAGUUCUCUGCCUCCUACACUCCCUCUUUCCUCUUCUCUUCAGCCUAGUUUGCUGCCGCCGCCCUUCCAGAAUUUUUUUUUUUUUUGUGAUCUUAAUGGCGGACAACGCUAGCGAAUCCUCUGGGAUUUCUGUGAACCCUAUGUCUUCUUCAGGACAGGUACAACCAGUUUUCACAAUGACAGACACUGGGGGAUCCGGUCUUUAGAUCGUAUCAGAAAAAUUGUCUGAGACAAAUUAUGCAUCUUGGGCAGUUGCUGUUGAACUUUAUGUCGAAGGCCAUGAUAAACUUGAUAUUCUUCAUGGCACUAAAGUAAAACCAGAUGAGAAGGAUCCUAGCUUUCGCACUUGGCGGCGUGACAAUAUUCAAUUAAUGACUUGGAUGCUUAACUCUGUUAAUUCUGGUAUCAAACAAGUCAUUCUUCAUAACAAAACAGCGUACGACAUGUGGAAGACACUAGAGCAGAUGUAUGGACGUCGA